CUAUCAACAUGCCUCCAAAAGCAAGUGGUAAAGCUGUUAAAAAAGCCGGCAAGGCUCAAAAGAACAUCACCAAGACUGACAAGUCCAAGAGGAGAAAGAAGAGGAAGGAAUCUUACGCAAUCUACAUCUACAAAGUAUUGAAACAAGUUCAUCCAGACACUGGUGUCUCAUCCAAGGCCAUGAGCAUUAUGAACAGUUUCGUCAACGAUAUCUUUGAGCGUAUUGCUGCUGAAGCUUCCCGUCUUGCUCACUACAACAAGAGAUCAACCAUCACCUCCCGGGAAAUCCAGACAGCUGUUCGUCUUCUUCUUCCUGGUGAACUUGCUAAGCAUGCCGUCAGUGAAGGCACCAAGGCUGUCACCAAGUACACUAGCUCCAAGUAAACAACUGGUCAACCGACACAACAUAAACCAAUCGGCCCUUUUCAGGGCCAUCAAAUUUUUAUAGCUGCGAUAAACUUACUCAAUUUUGUGUUACUUACAUUUGUGAUGGGAUAUAUAAAAAUAUAUUUUCGACGAAAAUAAAAUUAAAAAAAAAAAAAAGCAAUAAAGAUUGUCUAUCCACCAUGACGGUAGUAUAGUCAAAUAGUUUUGUGCAACGAGAAACAUGGUAAUACUAGUGAGCAUUAACCUUAAGUCUUAACAGAAACGUGUUGAACAAAAAAAUAAAAUUAAGUGUCAGGAUGUACGAGUUUUAUUUUUGGCAAGUGCAACUAAACAAUACUGUGAAAACAAUAAUUUAAAACUCAUCAUCAUUCAAUAGACGUUAAUCAAGUAGUUAUAAAAAAAAAAGAAAAAACGUGUGCUUGUGAUAAAUAUGAUCCUGAUAUAUUUGUGAUGCUGAUAUUGACUGGAGUGAAAUGAAAAAUUUAGCUGAAGUUAACAACAAUAAUUCAAGAAUCAAGACAUUGCUUCGAUUAGCUCUGUAUCAAGUAUCUACUUUCAACACCAACGUGUUGAAGGUAAUAAUGCUUUUAAGUCUGAUGCACCAUGGCUAUUUAUUUAGACAAAACUAGCUUCCUGAUGCUUUCAACAAGAAGUGCAAUGACUCAAAUAUCAAACUGUACCAAGGUGUACUGUUAAAAAUGGUGUAACAAGAUACUUUGUAUAGAUUAUACAGAUGUCAAUCCACUUGUUAUAGGAGCAAUGAUUCCAGAAAAAUUUAAAUCACAAUC